AUGGCUUCUUACAAAGUUGUGUUCAGUCUUGUAGUAAUGGCUUUUUUGUCUUCCUCCCCCUCCAUGGCUUUUCCAGGUUCAAAUUUUGGGUGGGGUAGCCGGGGUCCUUUCUGGGGAGGGUAUUCCGGUCUUUCCCCAGAGUUCUACCAGUUCUCUUGCCCUCAAGCUAAUGACAUUGUCAUAUCAGUCUUGGAGAAAGCCAUUGCCAAAGAGCCUAGGAUGGCUGCCUCUCUUCUUAGGCUCCAUUUCCAUGAUUGCUUUGUACAGGGCUGCGACGCAUCGGUCUUGUUGGAUGAUACCUCGAACAUGGCCAGCGAAAAGAGGUCAGGACCAAACCAGAAUUCCCUUAGAGGAUUUGAAGUGAUUGACGAGAUCAAAGCUAAGCUAGAAGCUGCAUGCCCUCGGACCGUCUCUUGUGCUGACAUUCUAGCCCUUGCUGCUCGAGGUUCCACCGUGCUCAGCGGCGGACCAAAUUGGGAACUGCCACUGGGAAGAAGGGACUCCAAGACAGCUAGUCUCAGUGGCUCGAACGCCAACAUUCCUCCCCCAAACUCCACCAUCCAGAACCUCUUAACGCUCUUCAAUCGCCAAGGCCUCAAUGAAGUGGACCUUGUUGCACUCUCAGGGAGUCAUACAAUUGGGGUGGCAAGGUGUGUGACAUUCAAGCAGAGGCUGUACAAUCAAAAUGGGAACAACCAACCGGACGAAACCCUAGAAAGGACCUACUACUUCGGUCUGAAAUCAGUUUGCCCUAGGUCCGGUGGCGAUAACAACAUCUCCCCGCUGGACUUUGGCUCUCCAGUGAGAUUCGAUAACGCAUACUUCAAGCUCAUACUGUGGGGAAAAGGACUUCUCACUUCUGAUGAAGUGCUUCUGACCGGAAAUGUUGGGAACACUAGGGAGCUGGUUAAGAGCUAUGCUGAUGAUGAAGGUCUGUUUUUUAGCCAGUUUGCUAAAUCCAUGGUCAGAAUGGGGAACAUUAGUCCUCUCACUGCCAACAAUGGUGAAAUUAGGAAGAACUGUCGUCGAGCUAACUGA